AUGGCGAGUACACCAAUUUUACCAAAACCCAAGAGGGAUUCUUUGGUACCCGCAGUGCCGGAAGGCACCUCCUACAGUGUAUCGCAUGGAGGUUCAUUUUGUCAGCAGUUUCGAGCCACAUUUAAGCUGAAUUUUUUGCACCGACGUCGCUCUCCUGUGAGCAGCAUUGUGGAGUUCCUCAUUCCUAUUAUAUUUAUUGUUGGAACUAUCAUAUUAUCCAUUUUGAUUAAAGACAAAUCGUUUGAUGGGAAAAACUAUGUGGAUAAUAAUGUUACAACAGGAUUGGUUGCCAUGCAAACCAAACUCUUGUCGAGUCUCUGCUAUAAUGCUGAAGUGAGUGGUGGUCCCAUUGAUACUCUUCUUCCCUGCACAGCCGUCGAACCACUGAGAUAUUGCUUUGGAACUGAAGCUGGUGUACCAAUAAAUGGCCUAUGUCUUGAGACAACGACCAACAUGACAACAAUUACCGCAAUGGCAUUUCAGGUUCUUUCAGGCUAUGAGAAUGCUUUAAUGCCGGUUCCAUCUUUUGACGAUAUGGUAAAACUACAAUGGGUUGCAAGGGGUAUGGCAUCAAUGAUCCCAGGAGCGCAUAUCUCUGGCAGUAUUCUUUCUUCCGGUUGGCUGUACUUUGCCCCACAGAAUAUAUACACAGAGUCUCUGGCGAGUAACUUGAAUACAAGUACAUCACUCUUCAAAUAUGUUUUCAAUGGUUACUUCAAUAAUACCGAUGAGAUGGAUAAAUAUAUGCGUGAUAAUGAAGAUACUGUAAGGAGUUGGGGUGUAAUUGACCUUGAAAAGGUGACUGCAGAUGGCGUUGACCCUUCCUUCGAUAUUGUAUUGCGUCUCAAUGCAACGGCUUUGCCACAUACAUCUCAAGCUGUGGACAGAUUUUACUUUGGUGGUCACGAUAGUGAUGGUUCCAAGUACAUUACAUCUGGUUUUCUUACUUUGCAAAGUGUGGUGUACAACCACCUUAUAACCAAAGUAUUGACACUUGAGGCACCAUCAUUACCAUCUAUUGCCCCUAUGGGAACUAUUGCCUUUGUUGAGAAUGUAUUCUUAUCUACAGCUGGAAGCAUAGUGCCUCUUAUGGUUGUGUUGGGAUUUUUAUAUCCUGUAUCACAAUGUACCAAACGUAUUGUACUUGAUAAGGAGUUACGUCUCAAGGAAGCACUACUUAUUAUGGGACUUCGACAAUCUGUACAAUACAUCGUCUGGUUUCUAUUUGCCUGUAUACAGUAUGCAGUGGUUUCACUUAUCAUCGCUAUAUUGAUGAAGGUUACCUAUAUGAAGAAAUCAAAUUUUGGGGUCCUUUUCUUCUUAUUCUUUUUGUUUACAAUGACAAUUGUGGCCCUUUCAGGACUUAUUGCGGCUUUAUUUUCUAAAGCCCGUCUCGCAUCUAUGUUGGCUCCACUUGUAUAUUUUAUACUCGCUGCUCCGCUUUUUGCCAUUAGGAGUGCAAGCAGUGCGGUUACAUCCGCACUGUGUAUAUUGUCUCCAACUGCCUUUUCUGUGGGACUAACACUUAUGUUUAACCAUGAGUUAUCCACUGGUUUUCGUACUGAGGAUUUUGCAAGUCGCCACGAUUCACCAAACAUGAUAUUCGUAUUUGGUAUGAUGGUGAUUGAUUUAGUUCUUUACUUCUUGUUGAUGUUAUAUUUGGAUGCGGUUGUGCCAAACGACUGGGGUACUCCACGGCAUCCACUCUUCUGUAUUCUUCAACCCAUUGCCUACUGCUGUAGACGGAAAAAAGAGUGGACAAGUGAAGAGGAUGGCAGAAAUCCAAAUGGUGUAUUUGAACCCUUGACAGAAGAGGAAUCCUCAAAAACAGCAGUGAGUUUAUGUGGGCUAACGAAAACCUUUAAACGUGGUAAGGAAACCUUUUUGGCAGUAGACCACUUACAUUUGAGUCUGGUGGAGGAUGAAAUUUCUGUUCUGCUAGGUCACAAUGGAGCAGGAAAAUCAACAACAAUGAAUAUGAUGACAGGUAUGAUUAAACCAGAUGGUGGUGAUUGUUUUAUCUAUGGUCAUUCUAUUCGCAAAAACCUGGGAGCGGCAAGACAAGAGAUUGGCUUCUGUCCACAACAUAAUAUUCUCUGGCCUGAACUCACCUGUCGUGAGCACUUGGAGUACUUUUCCAGUAUUAAGGGAGUUUGUGGUUCAGAGCAGAAGACAGCUAUUGAAACUAUGCUUGAUGGUGUGGAUCUUCAAGAAAAACGUAAUUAUGCCUCAUCUGCGUUAUCUGGGGGUCAGAAACGAAAAUUGUCUGUUGCCAUUGCAUUUGUUGGUAAUAGUCGUCUUAUUUUCUUGGAUGAACCAACAGCGGGGAUGGAUGUUGGGGCUCGACGUCAUACAUGGGAAUUACUUCGUCAAGUUUCAAAAGGUCGAACAAUCCUGUUGAGUACACACUUUAUGGAUGAGGCGGAUCUUCUUGGAGAUCGAAUUGCUAUUAUGAGUAAAGGCCGUCUACAAUGUGCUGGAAGUAGCGUCUUUUUAAAAUCAAAUCUUGGUGUUGGAUAUAACAUUACAAUGUCUAUAACCAACCUGGCUGAUCGACAAGCCAUUACUGCACUUAUUCGCUCGUAUGUUUCCUCUGCAGAGACAUUAAGCAGUACUGCAGGAGAAAUCUCGUUUCGUUUACCAAUGUCCUAUGUUCACGUCUUUGCGAAUAUGCUUGCGGACAUUGAAGACUCAGGAGAAGUUUACGGUAUACAGGGAUACACGCUCUCUGCGACCACACUGGAGGAGAUCUUUCUUCGCAUUGCCCAUGGUGAGGUGAUGGGAGUGGAUGCACCACCGCCUUUACCAGCAAGCCAAGAAAGCACGACUUCAAUCCACAGGGAAGAAGGGAACCACAAUAGUGGCGAAAACGAUAACAACAACAGCGGCAGCAGCAACAACCAAAACUACAGUUGUUAUGCUGGAGAAUCCCCUCCGAGUGGAAUACACCCAUUCAGCCGUUAUAACACUCCGUCUCCAUCUCCAACUACAACUACAACUUCACUUUCAGGGAAACUCGGCUCUGUGUGGGAUGCCGAACGCAUUUCAGAUGAGAAGGCACUUAUGUCAUCUCAAUUCAAGGCAUCCAUGUGGAAACGGUGUCUGAAUGCUCUCCGUGAUCGACGUACACAGUGUAUUCAAGUUAUCUUCCCAGUAAUUAUGAUUGUCUUUGCCAUGCUUCUCAACAUGAUAAAUUUUACCUCAAACCCAUCACUAAGGCUUACCUCAAAUAUGUACGAUGAACAGGUACAAAUUGAUCUUGCCAAUUGCGCAAAUCUUUUCAAUACCUCAGUUCCAUUCGCAAGUGAAGCGAAACUCGUGGUUCACGAUGACCUUACCACAGCCACUGAAUUAUCAAAUUACCUCGUUGAUAAUUAUAAUGAGCAUUCUUUACAUCGAUUUACAUCCAUGGCCUGUGGCGCUUCUACUGUUGAACCUACAACUAUUUUCUUUAACAUGUCUGCACACCAUGCACCAGGAGUAGGUAUGGUAGGCUAUUACGGAGCCAUGGUAAAAAAUGCAUUACCAUUGUCAACGACAAAGUACGUUGAAGAUAUUUUCAACACGAAGAAUUUCCCUGUUGUGCGUACCAAGCAUGAAGAGGCAUUUCGUGAUACAAUGAAAGCCAUGUUAAUGGGAUUGUUAGUUAUGAUUCCAUUCUCUUUUGUACCAUCAACGUUUGUCUCCUGGGUAGUAAAAGAACGUGAAUGCAAAGCCCGUCAUCUUCAAAAUGUCUCAGGACUACGUUUUUCAAUCUACUGGCUCUCCAAUUAUCUCUUUGACUUUUGUUCCUACUUUGUCAUGAUGAUUUUGGUAAUCAUUGUAUUCCUUAUCUUUGGGCGGCAUGAAUAUGUUGGAUCGGAUACUUUUGGACCAACCUUCAUUCUUUUCAUCACCUAUGGACUCUCAUGCAUUCCCAUGUCGUACGCCAUUUCGUUUCUAUUUAAAGAACAUUCAACUGCGCAGAACACAGUGUUACUUGGAAACUUUAUUACUGGUUUUUUCCUUGUAUUAUUGGUUACCAUUCUUACCAUACUUCCAUCUACCCAAUCCGCGGGAUCAGUCCUUAAGUGGGUAUGUCGUAUUUUCCCUAGUUACUGCGUUGGUGAGGGUAUUGUAAACCUCGCCUCUCUUCCUGGUAAACAGGGAUUAGGCAGCAGCAUCAGUUCAGCCUGGGAUCUUCAAAUUGUGGGUUUCCCUAUUAUUUUCAUGGUGGGAGAGGCAUUCAUCUUCUUUUUGAUCACACUCAUUGUGGAUCACCCAACAAGACGCAUGCGAACGGAUAUGAUGCUGCGCCGAAAAAGUCAAGCAGUUGAGGUCUUUACAGACGAAGAUGAGGAUGUUCAGAUGGAGCGUCGUCGUGUAGUGGAGGACCCUAGCAGUGAAGAAGAUCUUGUGCGUGUUGUAAAUCUUCGCAAGGUGUACGGUAACGGUAAGGUGGCUGUACGGAAUAUCACGUUUGGUGUCAAGCCUGGUGAGGUGUUUGGUUUCCUGGGCACAAAUGGUGCGGGAAAGACCACCACCAUUUCUAUUCUCUGUCAAGAGAUUGUGCCCACCGCUGGACAUGCGUUUAUUUGCGGUAAGGACACUAUGCGUGAAUCACGAGAAGCAUUACGUUUCAUUGGUUACUGUCCACAGUUUGAUGCGCUGCUUGAUCUUCUUACAGUGCGGGAACACCUUCAGCUCUACGCUGGCAUUCGUGGUGUUGUUCAAGCGCAGCGUGCGACGGUGGUGGAGGAACUCAUGCAGUUGUGUGAACUCACAUCAUACGCCAAGACCCGUGCUUCUGCGUUGAGUGGCGGCAAUCGCCGUAAGUUGUCUGUUGCGCUUGCGUUGAUUGGCGGCCCGCGUGUUGUCUUUUUGGAUGAACCCUCCGCCGGGAUGGACCCUGUGGCCCGCCGUGGUCUCUGGACGGCUGUGCAGUCCAUCGCGAGCAACUGCGCUGUGGUCUUGACAACACACCACUUGGAGGAAGUGGAGGCACUCGCCCACCGUGUGGCCAUCAUGGUGGACGGCACCCUGCGCUGCAUUGGCAACAAGACACAUCUCAAGAAUAAGUACGGCAGUGGAUUUGAAAUGACAAUUCGCACACAUGAGAAUGUGCCACGUGAGGAGGUGGAUGCCUUCAUUCAACGGAGUUUCCCCGCCGCGCAGUUGGAUGAGGUGCGAGGCCAUCGCUACACGUACGCACUCCCCGCAGGCACGCGGCUGUCGGAGGCGUUUGGUGAACUCGAGCGCCACCGCGAGGAAGUGGGCAUCGCCGACUACGCCGUUUCACAGACAAGCAUCGAACAGGUCUUUCUGCGCAUUAGUGAAGGGGCAGAGGAGGAUGAGACACACCAGGAAGAACAUUCGCAACAAAUGGAAGAUCUUCUAUAA